GAGAUUCAGUGCCUUGCUAGUCACAAGGCACAGCUUGCCUUGUCCCCUCACAUCCACCCUUCCCUUCAUAUCCAAUGGCCACCAACAGAUCAAGCCUAAAAUCUCAGGCUGUUGACCAGAACGCGCGACCAGACCAACGAAAUAUCCACGCGGGAAGGGAAAUGCUUGCGCGGGCUUCCCAGGCGGAGCUCUGCCGCCGGCGCCGUCGAGGAAAACGGGUGGGAGGGAGCUUGGGCGGCUGCAGCCGGAGAACACGCCGCCGGCGGGGCCCUCCGCCACCACUACGACAGGCCCACCCCGCCACAGGAAACAGUGGGCAGGGAGCUCAGGCGGCUGCAGCCGUAGAAGACGCCGCCGGCAGAGACCUCCGCCCGAUGCGCAGCUCCGAUGAUUCCUCUUACAGCAGAUUGGAGCAGGCCAUUGGAGGGGCCAUAGGAACGGACGGCAGCGGCCAACGAAUAUGAGGCGGACGGGGAAGCCGAAGGUGGGCGGCCGUCGAAAUAGGCAGCCGGAGGUGGGCGCCCGUCGAGGCCGCCGGAGCUCACCAUGGAGGAGCAGCCUGGCCGGCUCCUCUCGCACGCGUGCUGAAUGGCAAGGCCGCCGGAGCUCUCGUCCUUUACAGCGGAGCGGUGAUGGAAGCUGCAGCGCCGGCGUCGGUGCGGCGGCGACGGGACUCCCGUUGCCUCGUGCGGGUGAAUAAGAAGCUGGGUCCGUUCCUGGUCUGGUCAUGCAUUCUGGUCAACGGCCUGAGAUUUUAGCCUUGAUCUGUUGGUGGCCGUUGGAUCUGAAGGGAAGGGUGGAUGUGAGGGGACAAGGCAAGCUGUGCCUUGUGACUAGCAAGGCACUGGAUCUCU